AUGGGUAAAAUUAGCUAAACAGUUAUUCCAAGUUUGCAUGGAAGUUUUCAACUCCACGAUUCAUCUCGCAUUGUAAUUCACUCAGAAAAUAUAUAUCAUUAAUAGAUUUAAGAUUCAAAAAGAUUACUAUCUACUAACUAAUUAAAUUUUGCUCAGAAAUCAAACAAAUAAUAAUAGGAUCAGAUUCACUUCAGAUAGGCAAUCGAAACUAAUUCAGGAAAUAUACAAAAGGCAGUAUUGGAAAAUGAAAUGAUACAAAGUUUUAAUCCGUAGCCUAUAGAUGAAUAUAAUAAUAGCGCACUGAAGAAUAAUGAUGCCAUGUAUAAUGAUGAAUAUACUGUUCCAUUAGCACUGUGUUUUGAAGAUCCGAAGUCGAAUAGUUUUGUUUCUUAGAGUUCUAUAAAUUAACAGAAUAAUUAGGGAGCUACUGUGAGUCAUUUGUUUAUUUAGAGUAAUCCAAAUCUUGCUUUAAACAAAAAAAGAUAAUGA